AGCCGGCUCCCCGCGCCUGCGCACAUCCAGCGGCGCCGGCGGCUGCGGCUCCCAAAUGGCGGCCAGGUACGACCGCGCCAUCACCGUCUUCUCGCCCGACGGACACCUCUUCCAGGUGGAGUACGCGCAGGAGGCCGUGAAGAAAGGCUCCACUGCGGUUGGGAUACGAGGGAAAGAUAUUGUUGUUUUGGGUGUGGAGAAAAAGUCAGUUGCAAAGCUUCAAGAAGAGAGAACGGUGCGGAAAAUCUGUGCUCUCGAUGAUCAUGUCUGUAUGGCAUUUGCAGGGCUGACGGCUGAUGCUCGGAUCGUUAUCAACCGAGCGCGGGUGGAAUGUCAGAGCCACAAACUGACUGUGGAAGACCCAGUGACUGUAGAGUACAUUACACGCUUCAUUGCAACUUUGAAACAGCGUUACACACAAAGCAAUGGUCGGAGACCUUUUGGAAUCUCUGCAUUGAUUGUGGGCUUUGAUUUCGAUGGCACUCCGCGUUUGUACCAAACUGACCCAUCUGGGACAUACCAAGCUUGGAAGGCAAAUGCUAUCGGUCGUAGUGCCAAGACAGUCCGAGAGUUUCUUGAAAAGAACUACACUGAAGAGGCUAUAGCAACCGACAAUGACACCAUCAAGCUUGCUAUUAAAGCCCUCCUGGAAGUUGUGCAGUCCGGUGGGAAAAAUAUCGAUCUGGCCAUAAUCAGAAGGAAUCAGGCCUUGAAGCUCCUCGACGCGAAAGAAAUCGAAUCGCUUGUCACAGAAAUCGAGAAGGAAAAGGAGGAAGAGACUGAAAAGAAGAAACAGAAGAAAACCUAAUUUUGAAACGUGUACCAACAUUGAUAUUGUUACUGCUGAACAUAGACAUUAGUUUACAAACAGAGCACCACUGAGCGGGAUACAAAAUAUUAAAAGGUUCAAUGUUCUCUCUUGAUGGGUUUCUCCUCCUCUCUCCUCCCCUCCGUGUCCGCAUGAUGCUGGUGUCUGGGCCAUGCGGGAGGCUGCCAGCAAGGUACACACAGCACAGCUCUGAGCUGCAGGUCAGUGGUGAAAUUUCCUUCAUCUAAACAUCAUUGAGAGCCAUGUUUCAUGACAACAGAAGCUGUCAUUGAAAGGUUGCACCUUCAUUGCACAAUUCAUAAGCCAUGAGAACAGAAUUAAGCCAUUCAACCCAUCGAGUCUAUGCCAUUCAAUCUGGACUGAUCUGUAUUUCCCCCUCAACCCCAUUCUCCUACCUUCUCAAGUGUUGGAAUACAUAUUGUUGAAAUAUACUAUUCCCAAUCCAGCAAUUAAAUUUUUAAAAAUCUGCACUUUUGCCAUAGCUGAUCUAUUUUUCCAUCUCAACCCAUGCUGUUGCCUCUCCCUGUAACCUUUCUAAAGGAACAUCCUUUUAUUCUAAGGCUGUUUCCUCUGUUCCUAGGCAGUGGAAACACCCUGUCCACAUCCACUGUAUCCAUGCCUUUCACUGUUCAGUAACCAAGGUAUCGUAGCUCAACAUAGGCACAAAAAGCUGGAGUAACUCAACGGGACAGGCAGCAUCUCUGGAGAGAGGGAAUGGGUGACGUUUCAGGUCAAGACCCUUCUUCAGACUGUCGUAGCUCAACAUUGAUUAAAGUGCCGAGCUUGGCACGGUGAUCUUGGAGCACGUUUCCCGAGAUAUACAUAAAACGAUCCUUGUCGUGGCUUGAACAUUUGUUCAAAAAUCCAUGCAUCGAACAGGGACAAAACCCUGUGAUUCUGCACAGAAAAGAAUCGUUAGCGUUCCUUUAUCUCUGCAAGUUGAUACCUAGAACAGCACGGGAACAGGUCCAUCGGCCCACGAUGCCUGUGCCCAGCGCGAUGCCAAGACCAACUCUGCCUGCUCUUGCAUAACACUUCACAAGAAUAUAAUUGAACCAGAACUCAUUCUACCAUUUGAAAUAAUACGCAGGAUGAACAAAAGCUUGAUGGAAUCAACAGCUUGGACGAAACCUGUUUAAAGUCGGGCAGGAAAGUUUCAGCGACACUGGGUGCACUAGUCCAAUUACAAUAGCGACACAGAAGAGGUCAGACAUAGUGUCGAGAUCGCAGGAAGCUGAGGCUGGAGGAGGUUAGAAAUUAGGCUGUGAUGUUUUCCAGAGCAUGGAGGGAUUUAAUGCUGAAGGGAUGCGGCCAUUUUGAGAUCAGUUUUUACUUACUGAGUCGCUGAGGUCAGCACAGUGGUAGAGUUGCUGCCUUGCAGCGCCACGGACCCGGGUUCAAUCUUAACUAUGGAUGCUGUCUGUACGGAGUUUAUACGUUCUCCCUGUGACUGCAUGGGUUUUCACCGGGACCUCCGUUUUCCUCCCACACCCCAAAGACGUACAGGUUUGAGGGUUAAUUGGCUUCGGUUAGUUGUAAAAUUAUCCCAUAGUGUGUAGGAUAGUGCUACUGUAUGGAUUGAUCUUUGGCCAGCGUGGACUUGGUGGGCUGAAUGCCCUGUUUCCCCACUGUAUAUCGGGUCUAAAGAAUAAAAGGUGAAUGAGGCAAUUACUAUUGAGACGAUGGACCUCUCCUCCCUCUUCCAUGUGCCCCACCUCCAUUUCUCCCAAUAUCCCAUCUCCGCAACCCCCCCUCUAUAAUCAGUCUGAAGAAGGGUCCUGACCUGAAACGUCACACAUGCAUGUUCUCCAGGAUGGUGCCUGACCUGCUGAGUUAUUCCAGUACAUUGUGUCUUAACAGUGCCAGCAGGUCAGACAGGCAAUGUUUUGGGUCAGGAAGUUGACUUAAAAUUGAAGAGUUCAGUGUUGAUUGAUUUUCCCUUGAUAAAACUGAUAUUACUGGGCAGCUGCUUGGGACGUCUGUCUACUGGUGAAGCUGCUACACAAAUGAGCAAUCUGUGAAGAAUGUGUACUUGAUGUAGGAGGGGAAGAGACACCAAUGGCCUGCAGUAUGAUUGUCAAAUGCACUGCCCUAACCUGGGGGAAGGGAGGCACAAAACUGCCACGAACCUCAUGCAAUGGCACAUCAAGAGAUGCUCAGAAUAAUGUUUACAAAAGGCCUUUUAAUAUUUUGUAACUUGCAAAUUAUAGGUUGUAUGGUUUGAUCUGUUCUCAGCUCUUUUCCCCUGAAAUGUUAAUUCAGUUUUUCAGCCCUUUGGUUUUGUUUGCACAUUUGAAGUUAUUGUUACAGAUGUGCCUUGGAAUGAAAAGAGUUUUGAAUUCUGCUUGAGAAUGUCAAAUAAAUGCUCUGGCGCAAUA